UGGUGCGCGCGCGACGCAUCAGUCGGCAAUCCGCCCGGGCGGGCGCCAUACGACCGGAAUCUGCGCGAGCGACAUACAAUUCGCGAUUUAUAAAAAUUUCAGUGAAAUAUAACGCGAAAUCAUAACGUCUAUUGAUACGCAAGCGUAAGAUUCUGUGAACAAAUACGAUUUAAUGAACGAGUCUCGAGUGCAGUGAGCGACAGACCCGCAAAACGAGAGAGCGAUAAGGGGGCACAGACACCCUUCAUAACGAAACGACUCGAGAAAGAAGCUGAACAGACACAGGCUUUAGUCUCUGGAAAAUCGCUCUACGACUGUCAGGCACCAAGUUAUCCUGCACCGCUCUACAUAUCGUCCAAACGAACUUUCUCGAACAACCCCCCCUUUGUGGCCACAGGAGGGGUCUUUAUUUAUAAGGAGAGAUCUCGGACGUGACGUCACGUUCAAGGAUAAAAUUAAAGCGCAUUUCUAACCUAAUAACUCUAACAAAGUGUUGUAAAUAUUUGUGGAAAUUAAUUUUAUAAUAACGACGUUGUAACUAUAAUACUAGUCAUUUCAUCUAGUGUAUUUAUUGUAAAUUUUAUAAAAAUUAAAAAAAAAUUGGGUGGAUCGAUUGUAAAAAGUUUCUUAGCCUACCAAAGAGUUUAAACCGUCCCGUUUCCGCGAUAACAAAGAAACGUUAACCAGAGACAAUGCAGACCCAAAUAGGCGUUGGGGAGUUGCAGAGGAGCUACAGGGUGCAGGACUUUGCCUCCCCUGGAGUUAUCAUGAGGGAGCGAAGUUUUAUACGGCCUCAGUCUCAUCAUAAUAUGCAUCAUAACCAGUUUCCGAGUAAUGGGAAACGACGGAGCAUGAUCUUAACAAAUGCAAAAGGAAAGCCUACACUUGAAAUCUACAGACCACCAGGCGUGCGCACAGACGUUGCUGUCACCAGUGGAGGCAAUUCAGGCAACACACUGACGGCGCCUUCUAACAAGCUAAAUGUCCACGCUAAAGAGUUCACCAUGGCCAAAUCUGCUGACCUGCAUAAUAGGUCAACAGUCGGCAUGGGCUUCACGAGUGUGGGCCUCCAGCACUCGCGUUCGGCGGUGCUGCAUGCACAGGUUCCGCCCCACUACCGGCCCGUGAUGCCGUCGCAUGCCCUACUGGGCAGUGCAUCCAGUGGCAAUGUUCCUCAUACUACGGCUGGUCCUCGAGUCCACUUCAAACUGCAACCCCAGCAGAUUAUCCAGGAGAAGAAGAAGUCUCCACCGUCCUCCCUCAGCAACGGGAACGGAAAGAGUAUUCGUCCGCAGUCGUUUACGCCUGGGCUGAAGCGGUCCAAGUCUUUAACCUCAGCGGACACUUUGGCCAGUGGUAUGGCUGCGUUGGGUCUGGCUGCUGAUGCAGGGGACCUUGGCACCUUCCCGCCAGAGAUACAAGAAUGUAUCGAUAAGGCACUGGAAGAUCCAAACGCGGUGUGUGCCCGAACUCUAAUGGAUGCCGUGGGUCAUCUCGUGAGUCGCGCAGUGGAGUCUCCGCGAUACGCCUUGCCGGCCGCGAGACGCUGCAUUGCUGUCGUUGAACGGGAACAGACUGAGACCUUCUUGGAGUCUCUGCUCAACACGUGCCAGCAGUGGUACCAUGACCGGGAGAAGUUACUAGGAACUAUAGUGGGCGGAGGGCGUCCACGUCUCAUGGCGUUCCUGUCAUUCCUCCUCGAGAUGUACUGUCAGUUGCGUCGACGCGCCAUUCAUCGGCGCGGGGCGAGUGCGCAGCCCGGACAAGUCCUUUUGACACUGAUUUGCAAAUGCUGCGAGGAUUGUAUUCGCCAGCCCGUGCCUUCACCUAGUGAUACUGAGAAUCUCUUCUUCGUGCUCACGUAUAUCGGCCGUGAUUUAGAAACCCAGCUUCCCGGUGACCUGGAGCGUCUCCUAACAGCUGUGCGCGAUGCCUUCAUCAACACAGCUGCAGCGCCCUCUAUCAGACGCACACUACUACAGCUUAUUGAAUUACACGCUUCUCGCUGGCAACUCCCGGGAUGUGCCGUGCUCUAUUAUUAUCCCUCCUCGAAAUAACGGUGCCUAAGGUUAAAAUACAUUUUCCAAAUAUGUUAGUAUUGAAAUUUCAGUUUUUGGCACGUAGCCAUUUUGAAAUGUUGCCGUAAUGAAAAUAUCAAGAUAAAAUUUGACAUGGUAACACUAAAUCAAUUUGUGCCAAAUCAAUUUUUUUUCUACUUUACACCUGUUCUUCCUGAGGUUUGAGGAGGGGUCAGACGACGGUGGCAAGCAUUUCUUUGGUUUGACUAUUGUGAUCUUAGUAGUGUUUCGUUAGUUUUUAGUCAAUACAACUUAAUCAGGCAAAUGUUGCUUUAAGCUCAAGUGCCUUGUUAGUUUGUGCAUUUUCACUACUUUCAAAAUUUCCUUUAUCUUUGAAAGUGUGAAAGUGUUGUAGAUUUAAUAUUGACUAGUUUUAAGGUGAAAUUUAUUUGAGCGAUAUAUGCCUACAAGUAUUACAGUGUACGUAAAGUAGUUAUUGACAAAUUAACGGUGUACACUACUGUACGAACUUCGCAUAGUACUUCGUGCAUUGUAGCCUUUUGUCGUCUCUAACACUAGUACGGUAGGUGUUAACUUUGCUUCAGUACCUACCCUCGCUUUGGUAGUUUGUUUUUAAGGUAUUACCUAUUAUUUGCUGUCAAUAAUACCUAUUAGUCGACGCAUUAUGAAUUGAGACUUCGGGAUAUAAAUCAUUUCUGUCUGUCUCGCACGCACUUACAGGCCUUAUGGAGAGGUGUAGUGAUGUGCUCAUCGAUGGAUACGACGAGGUAUUAAGCGAUAUUUCAAUUUUGAAAACAGGAACUCGUCCCGAGCUUAAGCGUUGGUGGCACCAUUUAAUUUAUUCGUUAGAAAAUAAAUUCUCCAUUGUGCGUAUUGGGUAACGAGGCGUUAGUAAUGUAAUGAGUGUCAUAAUAAAUCUUAUAUUUAUAGAAAACUCAUAAGCCUUACUCGUAACGACCAAUCAGGAUUCUUAGUGCAACGAGUUACAUUGCGUGCUCAUUCCUAUAGAUUAAAAUGCGUCGACUAUAGCAUAAUAAAAUAGCAAAAUAACUUGGGGAGCGUUCAAGUAUUACGUUUGGAGAUUCUUGACCCCCCCCCGCGCGUUACUAGUAUGUAACGCUCCGUUUUUCUGUACUGUAAUAGAAAACGUUUCGUUACCACCCAGUGACUCAUUAAACCUACAAGUUUCCAUUUAUGUGGUCUAAAAUAUCGGAAAAUCGAAAAUAAUCAACUCCCCCCCACCCCAUUUUCGUUACUUAAUACUUGAACGCUCCCAUAUAUGACUGAGUCUCAGCAGAAAGCCCGUGCGAUGUGAAGUUGUAUCUGAUGUCUUAUUUCUUCUAACCAAAGACUGUAUCCACUCUUUUCAAGUUUUACUGUUUGAUUGUGUAAGCUGGACCAAAUUGACGUUAAACAAAAAUAAUGUAGAAAUAUAAAAUAAUUUGUAAUUUUUAAAUGUUUGUCUAACUCAACACUUUAUUCCCAGACGUAAUGUAAGCCUGAACGUAAUGUUUAGUUUUUGAAUGUGUGAUCAAAUUACAACAAUAUAGUUAUUUUUUAAGAAUUAACAGAGACGAUGUCUUGUUGCAUAUUAGCAAUUUUAUGUUGCGAUAAUUUUAUAUGAAAAUGAUAAAAGAACAAAAAAAGGUGCUAACAGAUUAUUGGUGUAUUUUAAUUUAGUUAUCGUAUCGGAUACGGGCAAUAACAAUAUACUUUCGUUACAAUAGUUAUUGUAAUACUGUAUUUACACAAAAUAAAGCAUAAAAUUAUAUCCAA